AUGGCUGCCAUCAGGAAGCCUGUGGUAUUGGUAACGGGGGGAAGAGGGUUGGUGGGCAGAGCCAUUCAGGAUGAGGUUGCCGCUCUUGAUGCCUCCUACCCCGGUGGAAACGCAGAGUGGCACUUCGUCCACUCGGGAGAUGCCGACCUUCGAGACCCCGAGGCUACGGCAGCUCUCUUCGACAGAGUAAAGCCAAGUCAUCUCGUCCACUUAGCGGCCCGUGUCGGAGGUCUCUUUGCUAACAUGCAGGACAACCUCGGUUUUUUCGAGGACAAUCUCAAGCUUAAUAGUAACGUACUUAGUAAUGCUGCCCGUGUUGGGGUUAAAAACGCCAUAUUCUGUUUGAGCACUUGUGUGUUCCCAGCUGAUGCUAAAUUGCCUAUUACGGAAGAGGACCUGCAUAAGGGGCCACCGCACUUUUCGAAUGAGGGAUAUGCAUAUAGCAAACGUAUGAUGGAAUGCCAAGUUCGAUACUAUCGGAAAGCAUACAACUUGCCCAACUGGCUGUGUGUGGUCCCGACUAAUAUCUACGGACCAUAUGACAACUUCCACUUGGUAAAUUCUCAUGUCAUACCGGCGUUGAUCAGGAAGUGCUACGACGCAAAGAAAAACGGCGAGGCAUUCGUCGUGUUGGGCACUGGCAAGCCUCUACGUCAGUUCAUAUACUCAAAGGAUAUGGCAGUGAGUUUCGAAAGCCGCGUGCUUCUCAUAUGCGCCCUCUCUCUUCAGAGGAUCAUCAUUCAUCUGCUCUUCAAACCGCCACGCACGGGAGAUGUAGAUUCUAGGGUGGGCCCUGCGGUAGACAUAGUUUCGUACAUCUGUUGUGGUGAUGAAGACUCUGAGGACGGUGAGCUAAGCAUAGCCGAUGUGGCCAGGGGCAUCGCCAAGGCCAUGGACUUCCGCGGGAAAAUAAAAUUGGAUGCUACCCAGAGUGAUGGGAUCUACCGUAAAACUGCAAGUAACAGACGGCUGAGAAGUGAAGUAUUGCCGAGUGGUUACGAGUUCACUCCUUUUGAGGAGGGCAUCGCGGAAACCUGCCAGUGGUUUAUUAAGAAUCACGAGGAGGCCCGAGUAUGA